AUGACCUUGUGUCGCACAUGCAUCCUAACCCUAACCCCACCCUCACGACAGGCGUGUGUGACGUCAUGCGCACGUAACAUGACGUCAUCAUUGACCGCGGGAAGCACGGCGCACGUUGCUAUCGGAGUUGACCUUGAACUUCAAUCAGCCUGGUUGCCAGGCGGUUUGUUUUGUUGUUCCCGCGAGAAAUGCUUCGACGUUUGCAAGAGUUCGCAGGCCGGCAAUGUUUACGCUGGCAACCCCCCACGCAAUAUGGCUUCUGUAUUCCGGGCAGGUUAUGAUGAUAAUGAUGGUGGUGGUGGUAAAGGCAGUGAUGAUAACUAUAUUGGGUUUGGCAAUAGGAAUAGAAUAUGUUCAUACGGCAGUUGCAAUGUUUAUGAUGAUGCUGGCGAUGGAUAUGAUGGAGAGAAGAACGAACUAUUUCCGCAAGUAAGAAGUGAAAUGGAAGAAACUCCUAGAAACUCAUUAACUAAGAUUUAUGAUGAUGAGGAUAGCGAUGAUGACGAUGACAAUGAUGUCUACGAUGACGACGACGUCUACGAUGAUGAUGAUGAUGAUGAUGAUGGCGAUGGUGGCAAUGGUGGUGACUACGCUGGCUACAAAAAAGUUAAUAAUUUUGCAAAUGGAGUAAACGAAUACGCCAAAUGGAAUGAAGAAAUGAUGAUUAAUGAUGAUUAUGACAGAGGAGCAGAAUUCGCAACCAAGUACGUAAUUAUGAUGAGGUAUAAACUGAAUUUUAAGCCGGUCUUUCCCGACGACGCUUCCACGUUUGCAUGUCACGUGAUACCUCUGGCUGAUUACGUCAUAUUUGACUUUGAUUACGUUGUCUACUUUGAUGAGCAAAACAAUAAUUUUGAUGAGGAAGUUGUUGAAUUAAAAAACUCCGGUGAAAUGGAUGCAAAGGGAGAGAAACUGAUUUUGAAGAGAGGGCGAUAUGUAAGAAAGUUCGGUUCCCCCAAAAUGUCGCCAGAUGGCCAAAUAUUCUCGAUAACUUAUGAGCCUCACUUGAGUACUGAGGCCGACCUGAUAGAAGGCUCCACAUCAAUGUCAUCGUUCACAGCCGGUAAGUAUAAGGCGAGCAUGAGCGCUGCUGAGAAUUUAUUGACUCAACUGAAUGACGAAAGGCUGCUAUCACAAAUUCAAAGAAAGCCGUUAAAGGUGAGAGCUCUGAGGCCGCAAGCACUGGAUGAAGAUAUAUGGGGCAAAAUAAAUUGUGAUAAACGUUACGAAACAAAACAUACGCUAAAAAAUGUUGACGAGAUAAGAAAGAUUACCAGUGAGAAAGAUGACGUCAUCGAUGAGUUCCUGUCACAACUGACAACUACGACAACGUCAAAUGGUUCAACGGUCACGCCCUAUGUAAGGGACCCACAAAUUUCUGUUUAUAAACAUUCGCAACGAUUUGUCUACGAGUUGAGAAACAUUUCACAAAACGAACCACCAAAUCUUCGUUUCUUAAUCCCAGAAAAUAGGAGGGUUUUCAUUGGUUGCUGUCAGUUGGCGGGAGCCUCCAUCAAUGUCCAGGUCAAGACUGUCGUAGAUACAAUUGUUAAGAAAUAUCACUGUAUUUUCAGCUUUGAUCAGUUUCUGGUCUAA